AUGGUACCCGACACCGACUUCUCCGUGGCUCUCACCAAGCCGCUUGAGGUCGUCCAACGGAUCUACAGCGAUGCACCGGACAAGUCGCCAUCCAGCAUCACCAAGCUCGUAGAGACGCACUUUCGUCAACUGUUUGCUUCGCCCGAUGCCAGUGACAAGAUCCCGUCUCUUUCGCCAGGAAACAUCAGCACGUUGCUGCCCACUUCCAAUAGCGGUGCACCGAGCACACACCGUCUGGUCCGCUUCCGUGCAAUGAUCCAGGACACUGGUUUGGGCACCGAGGUCUUCCUCGCUAAGCACCAGCACGAAGGGCGCACUUUCACCGGUCUGUACGGCGGCGAAGCAAGCAUUGCACAUUCGCACAACCCGUCGGAUGGAACGGGCCAUGACGAGCUCGAACAUGAAAACCUUGCCGAGAGGGCAGUAAUGUAUGCCGUGUCGGUGCCCGGUCAGUCUGCUUGGGCGGCAAAAGCGCAUCGCGAGUCCGCCGCCGAGCAACCCUCCGAUGCUUCCGUUGACCAACUAGCCAAUGCCACCUCAGCAGUAACCAUGGAUGAACCACAAUCGCCUCAAAGGAUUCAAGGAGUGCGCGAGCGUAUCCGCAAAGCCGUUCAAAAGGGAAAGGAGAUCGGCUCGGCGGGCAAAGAACCACGACUGGUCGCCAUCUCAAAACUUCAUCCCCCCUCUGCCAUCCUUGCCGCCCACAAGCAGGUCGGGCAGCUCCACUUUGGUGAGAACUACGUGCAAGAGAUGGUGGACAAGGCCAAGGUGCUCCCCAAGGAGAUCCGUUGGCACUUUGUCGGUGGCCUGCAGAGCAACAAGGGCAAGCUGCUGGCCUCGAUCCCAAACCUGUAUCUGCUCGAGACGCUCGAUUCUAUCAAGGCCGCCAAUGUGUUGCAGAAGGCGCUUGCCUCGCCUGAUGCUCCUAAGCGCGACGAGCCGCUGCGCGUUUAUCUCCAGGUCAACACGAGCGGAGAAGAUGCCAAGAGCGGCCUUCCGCCCAUUCUGUCCAGCGAUGCGGAGCAGGCCAAGGAUAGCGAGCUGCUCCAGCUGGCUGUGCACGUCAUCACAAAGUGCCCUAACCUACGUUUGCGUGGCGUCAUGACCAUCGGUGCAGCCUCAAACAGCUCGAGUGCCGAUGCGGAUGCAGCCAAGAGCGUCGACGAGAUCGUCUCUGCCAAUCCCGACUUUGAAAAGCUCAUUCAAACGCGCACCAACCUCGUCAAGCUCCUCCGCAUAAGCGACGAAGUGAAAAAGGCCGAUCAGGCGCACAUCAUGGAGGCGUACGCAGAUCUGCUCGACAGCACUGAUGCCAACGGCGGUCUCGAGCUCAGCAUGGGCAUGUCGGCCGACAUGGAUGUCGCCACCAUGGCUGGCAGCGACAAUGUUCGUGUGGGCACCGACUGUUUCGGACGCCGUCCUGGCACCAGAGAGGAAGCGAUGAACGGCAUGAAGCGCGAACUGGAAGCUGGGCCCGAGGCGGCGGCUGCCGAGUUGCGAAGCCAGCGCGGGUCGCAGAACAGCACUCCAGCCGGGGCAAACGCCUCGAGCUUGCCACGUGCUUACCUUGCCAAAUCGCCUCUGCCCGAGACUCCGCACGUGGGAGGUUUGAUCAAGCUGUACGAUCUGGACACAGCGGAAAAUUUCAAGACGACCGAGCUGAUCGAAGUGGUCGGAAUCCUCGAUACUGCUGGGCUGCCUCAAGCCGAGUGGCAAGACACAGGCUCUGUUGCCGGAUCGUCGUCAGAGCCCGCCCAGGUGCCGUGUGUUCAUGCGAUCUACGCCGCUCCGGUAGAACUUGAUUCUCUGGGAUCCGAGAGCUCAACCGACAGUUCUUCGAUCUCGAGCCUGCUCUCUCGAUCGACAGAGAGACAGGGUCUGAUCGACUUUCUCGCCGGUGCAUUGAGCGGCGACAAGCUAGCUGCGGAGCUCGUGCUACUGGCAACGAUUGCGCGCAUUCACGUUCGCCGUGCUAACUUGUGUCUUGGCGCUCUAACGCUCAACGUUUCUAACUUCGCCGCACCUCCAGCACCGUCACAGACACAGCUCUCGCGUCGAUUGGAACAGCUGCUCCCCGCGGUGGUGGACGUUUCGAUGGACCUCGAGACGCUGAACGACCACAAGAAGUCGCUGUACCCGAAGAGUGCUGGAGAAGGAACCGGUCUGGAAGCGGGCCGACUUCAGUUGGUCAAUGGCACCACAGUUGUAGUCAACGAAGGCGCGAUGGGCGAGGGACAGCUCAAAGAUUCGGGCAUUCGCAACAUCAAGGCGCUUUCGUCGGUGCUCGAGUCGCACAAGCUGCCGUAUGCGUUCCCGUACUCGGAGUUCGAGUUCGACACCGAUCUCAACGCCAUCAUUUUGAGUCAAGGCAAAAGCUUUUUGCCGUUUGACAUCCAGUGUCCCUUGCAGCCGGCGGACGACGCUGCCGAACUGUACUCGAGCACGCUCCCUGAGGUGGACGAGACACAGCUCAACGAAUGGAGGAAGGCGCUACUACAAGCUCGAAGCCUGGCCACAGCCAAGUCGUUCGAGAUCCCCGAGAGCGUCAGCGAGCACAUCCAGCAAGAGUUUGUGCGCGAGAGAAAGAAAGACCAGGAGGAAGCAAAGGACUCACACGGCGGAACGAGCAGCAAAGCGGAUGGCGCGCUCGGCCAGGAAGAUCUGCUGCGAAGGAUGGCCAUCGUUCGACUGCUCGCUCUCUCGCACGGCGAAAAGAGCCUGUCGAUCGACAUGUGGAACAAGGCGGUCGAGCUCGACAGAGACCUGGCUCAGCGUGUAGCUGCUACGCAACAAAAUCAACAGCGCACGCAGCCGGCUGCGGCUUCUGCUUCGGGUUCCGCGGGUGUCUCUCGUUAA